AUGGAGGGAAAUAUUCGGGAUUGUGCCAACCAGUCUCAAUCUAACUUGUCACUGUCCCGCCACGAAGUAACGCAGGAUGAAGACCCACGCCGCAGACUGCUACUGAUAUACAUACAUGGAUUUAUGGGCUCAGAGGCUAGCUUCCAUGAUCUUCCGGCCCAUGUUCAUGACCUGUUGACGGCCUCCUUGGCUGAGUCCCACGUGGUUUACACGCGCAUGUACCCCCGAUACAAGUCACAGGGUGAGAUACAGGGAGCCGUAGACCAGUUUAGCGCAUGGCUCUCACCACAUGAGGCGGAAGACUUGGACGUCAUUCUAUUGGGCCACAGCCUUGGUGGAAUUCUCGCUGCGGAUGUUGCACGUCUAGAAACAUAUGGGCGGGCGAAACACCGAAUUUUGGGAGUUGUGGGCUUUGAUGUCCCCUUUCUAGGGAUCCAUCCUCGCGUCGUUCCCACUGGCACCAUGGGCUCGAUGCCUAAAAAAGGACCGGCAACCGACGAGUUAGCUGGUGCGCAAGAGUCAUUGGGCCUAGAGACUCCUUUCAAGCCGGCCACAACAAAUCCCAACUUUGAUCCUCCGUUCAUGAACGAUGUCCGUUUGGUGGAACGAGGCUUCUUGAAGGGUAUCAUGCACUUCGUCAACAAGAAUGAAAACAAUCUCACACGAUCAAUUAUCGAUCGGGUUGUGUCGCCGUUGAAAUUCGCAGGGUGUGUCAACAAUUAUUCCGAGCUUCGUCGCCGGUACCGGCAUUUGAUGGACCUGGAGGCUGCCGAGUCCAGUCCGGAGAGGGUGCGGUUUGUCAAUUAUUACACCGCAAGUACUGGUCAUCCGAAGAAAGAGAAAAAGAAGAAGCCCCCCAAACAGCCUAAAGAGUUGAAAGAGAAGGAAAAGAAGGAAAAGAAAGAAAAGAAGGAGAAGGAGAAAAAGGAAAAGAAGUCUAAAAGCUCCAAGGGGGAAAGUGAUAUCAAGGAGUCCGAAGAUCCAGUCGAGAGUUCUGAAAGCGUCAGCCAAUUGAACGACACAGCAAAAUCGCCAUCACAGGAGUCAGAAUCAUCACUUGACUCCCCCCAGCCAAGUGAAGUCCCAUCAAUGGACAAAUUAUCUCUCGGGGAACAAUCAUUAGAGCCAACGCUUUCUCAUACUUCUCAUACUUCCGCGGAAACCGAAAAAGCCGCCGAAGAGAAGCCCGAACGUUCCGACGAGACAGAGACUACAUCACCCAGAUUGGAAGAGCCCAAAGAUACCCAGUCGCUGUCUGAAAGCGUGUCCAUCACAGAAAGCGCUUCCAUCACACCUUCGGAGUCUACAGAUCCACCGAAGCAGCAACUUCGUAAAUUCAUUCUUCUCCCUUCACACCACUGGAAAUAUAACGACAACACGCAUUGGGUACCGAUCUUAAUGGAAGAUAUGGACGAGGUUGAAGCGCAUCAGUCUAUGUUUAUCCCGCAUGGGGCAAAUUACGAUCAUCUCAUCGGGGACAGCGUUGCGUUGAUUGAGCAAUGGAUUGAGAAUGAUCUCAGUCGACGGGUUCUCCGAGAAGGCCUCGAUUAG